CGCUCUCUUCACGAUCGACGCCGGAGAUCAGAAGGAAAGCAGGAUGUCUCUGACUCAGCUGGAAAAAGACCUUGAGAGUAUCAUUGACAUCUUUCACAAGUAUUCUAUAUGACAGGAACACCAUGACAGGCUGUCUAAGAAAGAGCUGUCCAGGUUGCUGAAGGAACAACUUCCAAACUUUCUUAAGAGCCAGAAGAACCCAGAUGCCAUUGACUGUAUCUUUAAGGAACUGGACCAGGAUCAGGAUGCUCAAGUGUCUUUUCAAGAAUUUCUGAUUCUCAUCUCCCGGGUCUUAGGUAACACCCACGAUAACAUCUAA